UGUAAGAGCUUGUGUGAAAAUAUGGCAGAAAAUAUUAUAGAAAAUGCGUGGCUAUCUUUCGCAUGAUACUGUGGUGGAGGUUCCGGCGGCUGUGAUAUGGGAUGUCUACCGUAGUCUCGAGCUGGGAAGGCUCCUCAAUGAACUGCUACAAGAUGUCAUCGGCAAGAUUGAAGUUGUCCAAGGCGAUGGUGGAGUUGGAACUAUUUUAAACGUCACAUUCCCUCCAGGAACUCCUGGACCUAGUUAUAUGAAGGAAAUGAUCACAAAAAUUGAUGAUGAGAUGCGCGUGAAGGAAGCAGAAGUGAUUGAAGGAGGAGACAAAGAUUUAGGAUUUGUGCUUUAUCGACGUCGAUUGCAAAUCAUCGAGAAAGAUGCUGAAUCAUGUAUUAGCAGGUCGUCAGUAGAAUAUGAAAUAGAUGACAAGCUUGAAGAUAUUGCUUCUCAGGCGAGUACCAAGCCAUUGGAGAUAUUGGCAGAAGUUGUUGGCAAAUAUCUCAAAGAAAAAAGGAGUUCCAGUAAUUAGGGCUUGUGCUAUGUACAUGUUGCUGCCAUCCGUAUUAUUGUCUUUGUUUCGAACUUAAAGCUUUUUUUAUUUUCUGUUUACUUAUAAGUAAUAAUGU